UGAGCCACCACGUCCAGCCUCCAUAAGCAUUUUUAAGAUGAAAUUUUAGUUUUAUAAAAGUUAUACAUGCUUGUUAGGAAAAAAAGUAUGCAGAAAAAUAUAAAGAAAAAAAUCACAUAUGAUAUCACCAUCCAGAGAUGAUUGUUGUUUAAUUUUUUUGUAUAUGUGCACAUAUGCAUGCCUUUGCAGAAUCGGAGUUAGGUUGAAUAUUCAGUUUUGAAUCCUGCUUUUUUCUCUUACCACUAUCUUAAACAAGCAUUCCUCAGGAGGCUGCUGGUGCUGGCGUUCAGAUGAAUCCAGUGAAGCAGAGUGCUCACUAUUACCACAGAGAAGGGAGGGUGCAGAAGUGGGAAGACAACUCUGGAGUCAGGGUGCUUAGGAAAGUCCUCACAGAGGAGGAGCUGGGUCUUAAAGGAGGGUUCACCGGCCCUGGGUGGGGCCCAGGUAGCAAAAACAGCAAGGUAGAGAUCUGGAGGACAGGAUUGGAGGCAGGGACAGGUUGUGAAGGGCUUUGCCAGCCGUCCCCAGGGGUUUGAGCUUUAUUUACUCUGUAGAUGUUGAAGAUCCACUCAUGGGCUUCAAGUGGCGAGAAACAUCGGAUUUGCAUUUUAGAAAGGUUGCUUUUUUUCUACACACUCUUUCAUCCUGUGAUGAGUGAAUUAGAAGGAAGAAGGCAAAGCUGGGAGACCUUUGGAGUCAUCCAGCCAGCCCCAGUCGGCGCCAUGGCCUCUGCCGAGCCCCUGACGGCGCUGUCCCGCUGGUACCUGUAUGCCAUCCACGGCUACUUCUGCGAGGUGAUGUUCACAGCGGCCUGGGAGUUCGUGGUGAACUUGAACUGGAAGUUCCCUGGGGUCACGAGCGUGUGGGCCCUCUUCAUCUACGGCACCUCCAUCCUCAUCGUGGAGCGCAUGUACCUGCGGCUGCGCGGCCGCUGCCCGCUGCUCCUGCGCUGCCUCAUCUACACUCUCUGGACCUACCUGUGGGAGUUCACCACCGGCUUCAUCCUGCGCCAGUUCAACGCCUGCCCCUGGGACUACUCCCAGUUCGACUUUGACUUCAUGGGCCUCAUCACCCUGGAGUACGCCGUGCCCUGGUUCUGCGGGGCCCUCAUCAUGGAGCAGUUCAUCAUCCGCAACACCCUCCGCCUCCGCUUCGACAAGGACGCUGAGCCCGGGGAGCCCAGCGGCGCCCUAGCCCUGGCCAACGGCCACGUCAAGACUGACUGAGUAGGAGGCGGGUGGGGGGCCUGGGGAUCUCUCAUGGAACUCAUGGACAAAGAGACUAAGCUGGUGAGGUUGCCCCAUCCAUGCAGCAAAAGCCCUGCUCCGGCCAAGCCUCAGCCCUGUAGGGCACACAGAGCCCCCUAACCUCCGCGGGGGCCGGUGUUGGGGGGCCGUGGUCAGGUGUUGGGGGAUGGGGUGUGGAGGCAGCAGAGGGACAUUGGGAAGGGUCCAUGGAUCGCGGCCCAGCUCAGGGGUUGGUGCCAGGAGGCCUGUGGCUGAGCAGCGAUGGACUAUGUAGUUGACUUUGGAAGCAGCAGGCCCUGUCCUGGCCAAGAGACAAUGAGAAUGGGGCCGCAGGUGGGAGGCAAGGCCUGACCUCCCUCCCUCUGAUCUGGAUUUAGUUGAGCUUUGGCUGGUUCCAUUAGGCAAUAUUCAGGUGCUUGCUUGCAACCAAUACCUCCCCAGGGGCCUGCUGAGCUGCAGCCGAGGAGAGACUGGGCAGCCAGGAGGCUGCGUGGCAGCAACGCUGGUCUGCAAGGGCUGGGAGACCCUCCCUUGGCUCCUCUCCCCUCCCCCAGGGCCCUGCGCUGCUCCCUUGGCCUUCUGGGGCCCCCGUGGUGCUGGAUUCCCACCAACCUUGGGCUUUUGGAGGUUUCAAUCCCCGUGUGUUCGGUGGCGUUUCCCCCUUUUCUGUCUUGUUUUCAAAGCCUUUACCACUAGCGGCUCUUUAUCCACGUCGGUCACCACACCCGCCCCACCCCAGCUCCCUAGCCAGCACAGGAGCUGCCGGAGAUGGAGCCCUGAGACACCCCCAACCCUCACCCCCUUGCAGCCCUUCCCUCCACUGUUCCGGCUGGCCCGAUGCCUGGGGAGUUCCUGAGUUAACACCUCCCUACCCCCGGUCUAGUGGGCUGUGGCAGUGCUCCCUUCUCAGUGGCUCAGCUGAGAACAAAUGAUGCCCUCCAAUGCACAGGCAGGCUGGGUUAGGCCCUGUGGAUCCACAGUGGGGACCUAGAGGCAAGUCAGUUUGGUGGGGAAAAGGCAGAGUUCUAGGUCAUCUAUUCCCUGCCUGGUUUAUGUUCAAGCCAAAACUGAGCAGUCUAGCUUUCUGUGGGAUGGAGAAGCCAGGUAUCCAGCAUUGGAGACUGAUGGAGAAUGAGAGGAAGAGAGGAGGACCUUGCAGCUGUGGAAGGCUCCUUGGAGCCUCCUUUGUGGGAGGGUAUCAGUUCUGGUUCUGCCAGAGCCUCAGCCCUGGUAGCAGAACCUCAGGGCUGCCCCUCUCCCCAAACUCCUCCCAGCAAGGCUGACCCUUUGAGCUUACUCCUUAAACAGUAUUAACCCUGCCACACUCAUGGGCAUUGGCACCUUAGUUCCCCUGCCCCACUUUGUCCUGUGACAGGUCCAUUGCUGGCAGUGGACAGGUGAAAUACUCACUCCAGCCUACUUCCGGCUCUGACUGUCACUCCUCAAGGGGAAGGGUCCGUUAGAAAGUGGCCCAUCCCAUGGUACAUGGUCUCUUCUUGACCACACUAGGACUCUUAGGUAGAAAUUAGCCUUCCCCUUUUUAUGGAUCAUUACAAAGUGACGGUAUCACCUGUGGAGAGAAUGUCCUCUUCCCUGCUGGCUGCCCUGCCCAUACUGUGCAGGGUGUGGUGGGGUGCAGGGUGUGGUGGGGUGGGCCACAGUUGUGUCCUAGGUCUGGAGAAAAGCUUGCAGACUCUGCGUUUGGCAGGAUUGUCUGCAGUUAGCCCUGUCCAGAGCAGAACGAAGGGUAUUUCCUAGCCUAUUUCCUGGGCAGGCUCCUCAAAUCCAGGGAUGAGCUACUUUCUGCAGUGGCCAGCCCUCCUUUUGAUUUUAUUGUGGCCCCAAUUCCAGGGCUUUGGGGGUUACAGAGAAUCAGGCUUCUGGUGGGAGUAGAUUAUUUUCCAUCUAUAGGUGGAGAAAAUUCCAGGAGGAGAAUAUUGUCUGGCUUCCCUGUUCUCUCUGGGCAAUUGUUUCCUUGGUUCUCUCUCCAACUCCAUGUUGUCUUAGUCUCCCAGCGCCCCUUCAGGCCUUCCAUGUGGGCCCCUAGACCACACUACCCACCUUCACACUUGCAUUCCACAACUCAGUCCAGUGGCCAGCUUGUUGAUGCCUCCAUAAUUCUCAGCCAGAGCAAAUCCUUGGUUGGCCCACCAGGUCUUGCUGCUCCAGAAGUUGCCUUGUGGGCAUUCCCUGGCACCAUUUCCUCUCUGGGUCCUAUAAGUUCCCAAGUGCAGGAGGUCCUGGGGGUAUGCCUGUGUGCCUGGCAACAUCCAGCAUUGUGUUUCUGCUCCAUCUAGGUGUCCCAUUUCUCCAGUUGCCCCUCAUAAGGCAUCAAACCUCCGGCAAAGGAAGGCAACAACCCAUGGCCUGACCACAGGAUCUACAGGUUCAGAUCUCACCAGGGAUAGCCCAGACUUCAACUCUUGCUUUUCUGGGUAUCAGAGCCCCAAUCCCUUAGUGGCCAGGGACUCAAAGUUUGGAAUAAUCCCAGCCCUGCCAAGCAUUAAGGGUGCCGGUGGGGAGUGUUUGCUGGCUGUUCAUGAACCUCUGGUGUCCUGGGCCUCUCUCCACUAGACAUGGCAGCAUCUCUGAGUUACAGAUUGCAAUGUGUUGCCCUGCAUGGUUGAACUGCUUCUGACAUCUGCUAGGCAUCCCAUGUGCCCUGUCCCCUCUUCAAUGCCAGUGAGUCACAAUGGCCUAUGCUUAUUCACAGCAAUAAUACCUAGGGAGUCCCCAUGAAGCCCUUUUGUCCUGGUCCCUCACUCUGCAUGGGUCUCCUGGGGAGGCAGCUGCUGAGUGGGUCAGUUCAUGAGAACCUGCAUUUAUGAAGCCCUGGGCUGUGUAGGCAUCACCCUGGGAUGCAGACAGGUUAGAGGCCCAGCCCUUAGGGGAGCCAUGGCAGGGAGAGUGCCUUCCACCCUGAGGCCACCCAGACCUGGAGGAGCUGCAGGCCCCAGCUCUGCUAAAGGGCCUUUGAGGUGGGUGGGACUGUCUCCCAGUUGGGCAGCUCUUGAGAAGGACACACGACCAGUUUGUGCGCCCAUUGCCUGCUCUGUGUCUCCGUUGGUCCCUCUGUCUCUUCCUUUUCACAUUUGUGCACAUAAAAUAUACUGGUGUUUGUGUUCCAGGA